AUGAGUAAUGGGCCUACAACAUGUUAUAAAUGUAACAAAUAUUAUCUUGGGUCAUGCACUGACGUCAUGAGUUCCUGCAAUGUGGAGUCCGAACAGUCCUGUGCUACUGAGAACAUUUACAUCCUUACAAAAACAGGGCGAAGUAUGUACUUUUAUUCAAAAUUGUCAUGUAUGACCCACUGUGAGGACUUCAACAUCUUGGGUUCUGAAAAGAGGACAGAACUAAUCUGCUGCAAGCAAAGUAAUUAUUGCAACCUCCCUGAGGGAGUCUAG